UUCAAGUAAUUCUUUAACUGAAUGCAUUAACCCAUUAUAUAAUUAUUAACUAUCUGUGUGUCAUUGGUUCUCGUCGAGCCAGUGAAAACUUCAAUCAGUUUCAUUGACUCCCACAUUGUUUGCAUUGGGUUCUAUUUAUUAAACGAGAUAACGCUUGAACAAAUAGGCACGAUUAAAGAUAAUUGAGGGAAUGAAUCAUGUGAGAGAAGUUGUCUCAUUGUUAUGAUGGUCCAGUCCUAUGAUCACUUCAGUUGUUGUUGGUUGGUUAAACAUACAAUUUAUUUGACUUGAUUGUUCCGGUGUAUCCAACUCUCCAAGUGCAACUCUGCUAUAUCCUCAGUGAUGUCAGUACACUUGAAAGUACAUAAUUUUUCAACUUGCUUCUGUACCCACAUGAUAAUCCAGUGAUUAUCACAUUAUAAGAAAUCUAACCAUUUCUACGUCACAAAUACAGCAAUACGUAUACCUACCCAUAAAUUGGGCAUGCCCUACGCCUACAACUCUGCUCAAUAAGGCACGCUAUUGACCCAAGUCCACUAAUAAGAAAAGAUAAACAAAUCAGAGAAAUGGACACUGCGGAAGAAAUAAUGGGAAGUACUGGCCAAGAAGAACAGAAGCAUUCUUUCCAAAAUGUGGGCACUAAAUCGCCCAAGAAAGUUAGAAAAUCCGAAACUUUCUCGUCUGCAAUUUCUCACGAUGCUCGAUCCAAUUCCGGCUCAACGUCCUCCGUUGUAGAAGAGGAAAAUGGAGAACAAAAAAACUCACAGGCGGAAGAACAGUGCACAAUUACCAAAGAUUGUAACGAUGAAGGGGAAAAUAAGGAGCUAGGAAAUAAAGCAGCCCGAAUUUUCUCAUCUACGUCUGAAGAAAAUGGGUUAGAAGAAGGCAAGUCUAGUGGUGGUGGUAGGAGAGAGAAAGUCAAGAAAAAGUCAUGGUCUGAAAUAGUUGGCAGUAGUAGCGCUUCUUCUUUUCCUGAAAACAAUAAUGAUAAUGGAACAUUUCUCCAGAAGAAAGGAUUGGAUCAACGUGAAGAUUCCCUCGUGAAGCCCAAUAUUACACCCCAUACAGGGAGUACUUUAGAAAACGAUGCUAUGCAUCAUGGUAAUACCAAUAUCUACCCCACUGAAAUGCUAGUUGCAGUUCAAUAUCAAUUACAAAAUCAUGAUCACAAUCACAUUUCAACCAGUGCUCCUUCCAAUCUUGAUGACAAUUUGGGCAUUGGCUAUGAUGACGAUUCGAAAGUCGCAAUCUUGAAAUAUCCCAUCACAAGAAGAGAGGCUAAUUCCUCACCAGCAUCAGCAGUAGUGGAAUCUCAUCAGCAAAAAGAAAUUGAACAAGGUUUGGAAGCUGUGCAGGGGAUGACAAGCGACGAUAAAGUGAACAAGAGAAACAAAGAGGAUGCAGAUGGAGAAGAUGAGCAACCAUCUUGCACAGAGAGUUUUAAGCAGCUUAACCCCUUCGACUUUACGACUCAUGUUGGAAAGGGUAAGAGGGAGAGGCUUUACAAAGUAUUGGUGGUUGGAGAGCUUGGAUCAGGCAAGACGUCCAUAAUCAAGAGAUAUGUCCAUCAAUUUUUUAGUCAGCAUUAUAGAGCAACUAUAGGGGUUGACUUUGCCUUGAAAGUGUUGCGGUGGGAUGGAGAUACAGUGGUGCGACUACAACUUUGGGACGUAGCUGGUCAAGAAAGGUUUGGUUCCAUGACUCGAGUAUAUUACAAAGAAGCCGUGGGAGCCUUUGUGGUGUUCGAUGUCACGCGUUCUGCGACGCUGGAGGCCGUACCUAAGUGGAAAGCUGACUUGGAUUCGAAAGUUGCUCUGCCAGAUGGUCGCCCCAUUCCCACAGUCCUGUUGGCCAAUAAGAGCGAUCAACCCAAAGAAGGGAUAGCUGCCAGUCGAGAAAAAAUGAAUGAAUUUUGCCAACAACAGGGAUUUUCGGCAUGGUUCGAGACCUCAGCAAAAGAAAACAUAAAUAUUGACGAAUCUGCCAAUUUUCUCGUGUCAAAGAUUUUGGAGAUGGAUCGAUGGAGUCAGGAAGCAACGGUCCCCGAUCCGGAUAAAGUGGAUAUAAGUGCCAAUGGAAAACACAAGCUAAACUCGUCUAGUAAUUGUGCCUGUUGAUCUUUCAACGUGUUCGUUAAAUCAAAUCAGAUGCUUUGCAGUCAGUCAUGACAAUCUCUUUGAUUAUGAUACGUAAUGAUAAGUGUCUCGCUCAACUGCUUUUGUACAUGAUUUUACAGGGUUUGUGUUACUAAUGAUCAUUCCAUGGUUAUCGUGUUGUACGUCUACACAGUACUCUUACUAAUUGUCAUACUUAAUAUUAUAAAACAAACAAUAAUAAUUUCAUGUGCAACUCGUCAAACAUUGUAGAGCACAAUAUUUCAGAGAUUAUUGCGAAAAGACUGUAUGAUAUUCUUAGCGAGUUUUUAUUGCAAUUUUAUGUUAAAGGCACAUUUCAUAUUGUGCCUUCAUAUCAUUCCGACUUGUACUAUCAAACCAAUUUUAAUGGAGCAUUUACUGGAUGAAAAUUUUAAUUUUAGUACAUGUUGGAAUGUUAAAGUAAUUCAUUCUAUUACGUAGUUUUAAACAUAUAGCGUAACUCUUGGAUUAACUACAGAUAAAACUAUGAAAAAAUAAACUAUUUUCACUUA